GUGCCAAUGCACCUGCAUUACAUGCUGGUGGAGGUUUUCAAGAACGCUUGCCGCGCUGUGGUUGAGCGCCAUGCCGACGGCUUCGAUGAUCUGCUGCCAGCCAUCCAUUGCCACAUUGUCCACGGCAAUGAAGACGUCACGAUCCGUGUCAGUGACGAGGGGGGCGGCAUUGCCCGGGCACACUUGCCCAACAUUUGGAAGUUCAUGUACACCACUUCAAAAAAGUCACCGUGGGCCCGGAGGGGAGAAGAGUUCCAGACACGACCGGGGGAUUCGGCCAGCAACCCGCUGCAGCGCCCGAAACAGGGCGGCGUGCUCGCCGGGUUUGGCGUGGGCCUGACCCUGGGCCGGCUGUAUGCGCAAUACUUCGGGGGCGACCUGAAGAUCCUUUCCUUGGAUGGCUUUGGCACGGAUGUGUUCCUGCACCUGAAUAGAUUGGGCACGGCCUGCGAAGACCUGCCACAGAACGUCCUCUACAGCCCCUCCAUGCGGGACUCCUCUGCGCUGGAGGAGGCUGCACAG